AUGUAAUAGAAUCAGCAAGAAAUAAGUAAGAACAGCUAAGAGCCAUAAAUAGAUUAUGUUCAAAGCUUAAAUUAGAAAACUAAUACUAAAUAGAAAAAUAAAUUGCUGAAUGAAAGUAGUGCUACUAACACUUAUAGAAACUCAAAAAUAGAAAGAAAUAAUAAAUAUAAUAGCCCAACUCAAAAUACCUCAUCACUAAAACCAAAAUCUUAAAAUGCGAUAUUGCAAAACCCAUCAAGUUAUUAGAUUAGAUCAUAAAAAAACGAUGAAAAUGAUAAUCGUGCUAUAGAUGAAUAAAAUAUUAUCAAAGUAAAUAAUAAGGUAAGAACAAUUUUUAGAGGAGGCAUAAUAGGUAUGAUGCAAGGCAAGUCUAAGAAAAAGAAAACCUAGAUUAGCAGGAAUGACUCUAAAAACAGUCUAAAAGAAGAUUAAAAUAAACUCUCAAGCUUAUUUUUUGCAUUAGAGUAAUUAUCUAGAACUGAAAGGAUAUAAAAAGCGAUUAGGCAUUUUUAAGAUGCUAUUAAUAUUAGGCCAGUCAGGCAUGAUAUUGAAUUGCAUGAAAAUCGUUUGAUCCCUUUUAUUUACUUUUGGCAAACAUCUUCGUCUUGGUAGAUGUUUUUAUCAACUCUAGCUUUUUUAUAUCCAUUUUGCUCAUUUAUUGAGCCUCCAAACAGAUUUGUGAAGGAUUUCAAUGAUAAUUCAAUUCUUUUAGCUGUAGAAACUAUUAUAUAAGGUUUUAUAUGGCUAGACAUUAUAUUAGAAGUUUUUCAUAGGUACCAUGAUAAAGAUAAGAAUCUCUUACAGCAUUAUUUCAAAAACUUUAAGUUUUCAACAAAGAUUAUUGUUGUCUUAAUUCUUCUAUUAGACGAAAUAAUAUUUCAUUCUUCGUUUCCUCAACUGACUUACAGAUUUUCUAGAUUUAUCAGGCCAUUUUUAAUAUUUUAUUAUUCAUAUGAGUUGAGGAGAAUAUUCGUUAGUAUUUUGAAAUCUCUAAAGCAAAUUUUAUAGUUGGUAGUAUUUAUUGCAUUUUUGACUCUUUUUAUUGCCAUUGUAGGAUGGAGAUUUAUUGGAAAUUUAGAUGGCUCAGUUCAAUAUGAUUCCUAUUCAAGUAAUUUCAGUAAUCUAUUUUCAGCAGCUAGUAACUUAUACUCCUUGAUUAGCUUUGAUAGCUAUCCAACUUUGAUGAUACCUGCUUAUACUUACUCACCAAUCUUCUCUGUGUAUUUUGUAUCUUAUGGAACUCUCCUAUGUCUUUUAUUCAUUCCUAUUCCAGUAUCUGUUGUUUACAAUUCUUUUAGGAUGCAUAGAAGUAAGCUUGUCAUACUAGAUAGAUUUAAAUAGAGAGAAGCACUUCUUUCAUGCUUUAUAUCUUUAGAUUUUAAUAAUUAAAAAUAUAUAGAUAUUAAAAUUUUUUCUGAAUUUAUGAGUAAUUUGUAUCUGAAGAAAAAGAGCUUUUUAAAAAAAAUAAAAUAAUUACACUGUAUUUUGGAUACAAAUUAAACUCAAUCUCUUUCAUUGAAUGAAUUCUUUGAAAUUAUAGAUGUUAUGGAAAAAAAUCCUCGUUUUUAAGUCCCAGCAUUUAAAGAUUACAAAUCUUGGGACAUUUUUAGAUAAAAAAUGAACUAAAAGUUUUACUGUAAAAAAAUUGCUAGAAGCCCUAUUUUUGAUGUUUCAAUGCUUCUAAUACUAAUAAUAAAUUGUGCUAUAUUGUUUAUAAGUAUGACCUCUGAUAAUUAAUCAACUUAAAGCUUAAUGGAUUAGAUAGAUGACUAUUUUUUUUAUGCCUACUUGUUAGAAUUUUUGAUAAAGGUAAUAGGAAUUGGAAUCGAGAAAUAUUUUGAGGAUUCUUGGAAUUGUUUUGACUUUUUUAUGGUUGUAAUGUCAUUUUUAAACAUAGUUCUUUCUACAACACUUUCUUUUUUACAAAAUACGAAAUCAGCAAAAGCUACAAAGCUUCUUCGUUUAACUAAGAUAAAUAGAGUAUUUAGAAUAUUUAAAGCACUUCGUUCAAUCAAAUUUUUAAGUAUUUUGUUAGCAGGUUUUGAGCUCUUCUAUUAAGUAAAAGAUUUAUUGAUAAAAAUUUUCAUGUGUCUUCCAAUCGUCGUAAGAUUAAUUCCUAUUAUUUUAGUCGUUUAUUACAUUUACACCUAUAUUGGACUUGAUAAUUUUAAUACAAAUACUUUUAACUACAAUUAAAACUCUCCUUAUGAUUAAGGAUAUGCUGAUUUUAAUAAUUUUUAUGGGGCUAUGUUAAUAUACUUUUAAAUUAUGAUUGAAGCAAACUGGAGCUCUUAUAUUUAUGAUAUUGCAUACAAAUUUGAUAUUCCCGUUUAAGCUAAUAUUUUAUUUAUUUCUUAUGACUUUAUUUAAAACUUCAUAUUGCUCUCUCUAGUCAAAGGAAUUGUUUGGGAAGUAUUUACUGUAGUAAACUAAGAAUUAAAAGAAAUAGAAUUAAAAAAUGAAUUACUAAACAAUCAAAAUUUAGCUUAAGAGUAAAAGGAUUUUAAUAAUAUGGUAAAUUUAAGCAGCAACAAUUAAGAAGAUCUUUUAAAAAAGGAAAAUUUAUAAUCUAACACUUAAUUUAAAACCCAUAAUUUUUUAAAAGAACUUGAAUUAAAUAAUCUUUAAAACGAAAACAAUAAUUAAAAAACUUCUGCUCCCAGUUAAAAAAUAUCUUCCGAUAUAAAGGGAAUUCUUUUAUAUGAAAAAGUACUUAGAAAUUUAUAACAUCUCUCUCAUAAUAAUAGCAUUAUUUACAACGAAGGACAAAUUCCUCAUAGCCCAAAGCUUAUUCAAUCUGUUUACAAAAAUUUUACUGAAGAAAGCAACAACGAAAAAGAAAUUAUUAAUGAACGCACAAGCAUAAGUGAAAAUAGAAAUAUGAUUUAUUUGACUAAAUAAAUAAAAAAUUCCCCUUAAAAAUCAAAAGAUAACUUUCUAGAUAAAAUGCUAUAGAAAUAAGACUACUUUUCUUAAAAUUUAAAAAAUCCUCCUUCCUCAAUUGAAAACUUAGAUAAAAAUUUUGGCAAGCAAAUAAGCUGCAUGAACAAGAAAUUAUCUUCUUAAAAAAGAAGAAGAAAUAGUGAAAAUUUGUUUGAUAUACAAUCCUAAGUAUUGAUGAAAAAUAGUUAAAACGCUAUUAUAAAUAAAAAUCUUAAUAAAAUUGAUAUUAGUUUUGACGAUCUUUAGUAAAAUAACUAAUAGAUAAAAAAAUAGAGUAAAGAGAUAAUAAAUGAUAAUUAAAACUCUGCUUAACCUCAGCUAAAGCAUUAAAAAACAAAAUUAGAGAGUGAAUCAUGUUUCUCUAAAAAUGUAUCUUUUGCUUUAAUAAAUAAAUCUAUAGGAGAUAAAUCUUUUUUAGACCGCCAAGACUCCUCUAUUUCUUAACAGCCAUUAAAAAGUGAGAGCUUAAUGAAAUCUUAAAUUGAAGGUCCUUACAUGUUAAGUGAAGCACCUGAUUAAAUUGCACCUUAAAAAAGCUAUACAAAUUUAAAUUCUAUAACUCAAAAUGAUAUAUCUGAAGACAUUCCAUAAGAAAACGAAGAUAUUAACAAAAUAACAAAUGAAUAAGUUUAUUGGAUGAAAAAAAGAAUUAAACCAUUGGAAUAUCUAAAAAGAUUGUAGAAAAAUAAAAAAAAAGAAAAACCAGAUUAAAAAAAAGAAAAUCCAUUAGAUUUGAAUGAGCUAUAUAUCAUGUCAGAAGAUGAAGAAACAAUAAAAGCUUACCAAAAGUAAGUUAAUGAUUAUAUUUAAGAUGAAGAUUAGGAUUUUUCAAACUUUAAAUCAAACUCAGUGACUAAAGAAGAUGCAAAUUAAUCUCUUAACUUUUAAUAUAUGAUGAAAAAAGCUCUUUUAAGUGAUUCAAAUAUGGACAUGAUUAAGAAAUUAGAAAUUGAUUAUUUUUAAUUUACUUAUGGAAGCUAUUUCAACGCUUUCCAUGAAGUAAAAAUAUCACCUAUUCUUAAAUAUGAAAGCUAUAUUAUUUAUAACCUACAAAGAAUUUUAAGGCACAAAACUUUAGAUUGCUUGUUUUUUUUCAAUGUACUUAUAAAUUUUGAAAAAAAUCUCUCCAACAUUUUACUAAGAAAAGGAAGUUUAGUUAAAUUUGUAUUUUAGGAUUCUUUUGGAAAUUGGAUUUGCUUUAAAGAAAUGAAUAGAAACAUUUAUCCUUGCCUACUAGGAUAAGGACCUUGGACUUUCUAUGAAAAAGUAUUCAAAAAAGAUGAUAUCUACAUAAGCAGAGAUUUCUUUUAAAUUAACUAAAAUUAAGUACUUUAGAAUUUGAUUCAUAAGUCAUAUGAAUAAAUGAGGAUAUGUGCUAAGUGUAUUGACAAUGAUCAUCCAUUUCUUAAUAUCAACCCAUAAAAAUCUAUAUUCGACUUCUUCACAAUUUGUAGCUAAAAUAAAAAUGAAGACAAAGUUGUUUCUUUAACAAGUCAAUCUAACAAAAAAUUAUAUCCAGAUAUUCCUACAUCAGUCUAAAUUUAUUGUAAAAAGGUUAUGAUGGUAGUUUUGUCUUACGUAGGAGAAUCUGAUGAAUAAUAAUAAGAGGAAGAUUAGGAUAUAGAUAAUAAUAAUAAAAAAAAAUAGGGAAUAUUUAGUAACAUAUUUAACCAAAUUGAAACAGAAUAAGUACGCAAAAGAGCUAAAUAAAAUCCUAAAAAUAUAAACUUGAAUGAAAUCAAGUAAAAAUAGACAUAAGAUAAAGACAAGAUUAAUGAGUAAAGUACAUUACCGAUGGGAUUUCUUGUUGAAAUGAUACAAAGCAUACAAGAUUUAAUUAACCUAUAUUAAGUUAAUUUACACUUAAAGGUUUCUGAGGUAAUCAAUCAAAAGGUAUUCUCAAAGAAUUAUUUAGAUCAAAUUAUUUAAGAAAAUAACAUAAUUGCAGAAGAAAUCAAUGAAAAUAAGAAGAAAAAAAUGAAAUAGGAACAAAAAAGCAAGAAGGGUAUUUUUAAACUAUUUAAAAAAAAAGAAAAUCAUUGA